GUAAACAUUCAUUCAGGCGUCUGGUCCAUUGACUUUAUUCCAGUAGUGCUCCUUAACUUCCCCCAGAUGGCGUCACUUCUGAUGUCCCUGAAGCGGCCGAUCUGCAUCAGCAUGUGUGUUUAUCUAUGGCUGGCGGUGCUCACUGUAGUGUACACAGAGGAAACAUUACAACCCAGAGAUGAGACUGGGUCUGCAAAUGAAGAAACCUCAGGACUUCACAUCUUAACAUCUAGAAGAGUAAAGAAGAGUCCAGAGAUACUGCAAGUGGCAGCUCUAGGAAGACCUCUGUAUCCUGGUAUGCUUUAUGAUGCCCGCAGUGAUUCCUUUAUUCCAGGAGUAACUCUCUGGGAUGAUAAAUUACUGACUGAAGAUCUAAACAGCCAUCCUCAGACCAGAACAGACCUGAAGUUCAGUAGCUCUGACUCCUUCUCAAGCUAAUUCAAUCUUCUGGAUAUCAGUAGUUCCCUGAAGAUCAGUUUUUGGGGGGGGCUUGUUGAAGUGGGCGGAUCUGCCAGAUACCUGCGUGACACCAAAUCCUCAACCCGACAGUCCAGAGUUACCAUGUAUUACAGUGCAACCACACGAUACGAUCAGCUCACGAUGAGCCACCUGGGCCAGAUCACCUACCCUCAGGUGUUUGAGCAGAAAAUGGCAACUCAUGUGGUGACGGGGGUGCUGUACGGAGCUCAGGCCUUCAUGGUGUUUGAUCGCAUGCUUUCAGAACAGGAGAACAGUGAACAGAUUGAGACAGAAAUGAGCCUCAUGGUGAAAAAGAUGGCUUCAGUAAAUGUAGACGCAGCUUUUAAAAUGACUGAUUCUGAAAAGAAAUCUGCAGAGAAAAUCUCCUGCACAUAUCAUGGUGACAUCCAUCCUGGACAGAGCCCCACCACAUUUGAGGAGGCCAUGAAGCUGUAUAAGGAUCUCCCAAAUUUGCUAAACCCGCAGAACGCAGUCCCAGUGAAAGUCUGGCUGUAUCCACUGCAUCUCCUGAACGCAUCAGCAGCUCGAGUGAAGAAAGAAAUCAGUACAGUUGCGGCAUUCACUCUUGAGGGAAUAAUGGAGGAUUUGGCAGAAGCUGAGAGGACUUAUAAUGAACUGUCUGAAAAUAGGUUAGCUAAUAAAUUCAGAGAUAUUCAAGAGCGGCUGAACUCCUUUUACCAAUCAUUUAGGGUUUACAAGUCAAUGCUGCAGAGCGCAGUCGGCCGGGUUUUACCUGCAAUUCGAGGAGGAGAGAAGGAGGAGAAGAGUCUGGAAGACAUCCUGAAGAUACACAGAAACUCUCUAUUUAGACCUGACCAGCUGAAGACGUGGUUAGAUGAUGCAAAGCUGGAGAUCAGUGUCCUGACUGCUCAAGUCAACUCACUGAAAGGGGUCAACAUCGUAGAGCCAGAGAACGUCUACGUUAUUUCAAGUUCUAUUAAAGUACUCUGCUUGACCUUCACUUCUCUGAAGUAUGAUGACCCGUAUCUGUCAGCCUUACAGGAGUUUGUGAAAACAGACAGGUUUAAUGCUCCAGAAGAGGAACAACACCUGGUAUCUGGUUAA